CCACCGCCUCCACCGCCUCUCUACACCGCGUCAACCGGCUUCUCUACCAGCGCCUCCUCCUCCUCCACCUCCACCUCCACCUCUGCUGAUGUGAGCACCAGUCGGAGGCCCCACGAUGCCCUCAGUCCCCGCCGCCGGAGUGCUUCUCUUCCUGGCUUGGAUCUAUCCGAGCGGCGCCCUGUAUUUUCACAUCGGGGAGACGGAGAAGAAGUGCUUCAUCGAGGAGAUCCCGGAUGAGACCAUGGUGAUCGGGAAGUACCGCACUCAGCUGUGGGACAAACAGAGCGGCUCCUUCCUUCCGUCCACCCCGGGUCUCGGGAUGCACGUGGAGAUCAAGGAUCCAGAGACCAAGAUCAUCCUGUCUCGUCAGUACGGCUCAGACGGACGCUUCACCUUCACCUCACACACUCCCGGAGAGCAUCAGAUCUGUUUACACUCCAACUCCACCAAGAUGGCUCUGUUUGCUGGAGGAAAGCUGAGAGUGCACCUGGACGUCCAGGUCGGAGAACACACCAACAACUACCCCGAGAUCGCAGCGAAGGACAAGCUGAGCGAGCUGCAGCUGCGAGUGCGGCAGCUGCUGGACCAGGUGGAGCAGAUCCAGAAGGAGCAGAACUACCAGAGGUACCGGGAGGAGCGUUUCCGCAUGACCAGCGAGAGCACCAACCAGCGCGUCCUGUGGUGGUCCAUCGCUCAGACCCUCAUCCUCAUCGUCACCGGCAUCUGGCAGAUGAAGCACCUGAAGAGCUUCUUCGAGGCCAAGAAGCUGGUGUGAAAUGUUCCCGGCAGACUCGGACGCAUCAUCCAUCCUGUGGGACAUGCUUGGGUUUUUUUUUUUCUUUUUCUUUUUUUAGUUUUCUAUCCAGAGCAGCGCUCGAGAUUCCAGUCGUGUCUCUUUGUUGUGUUUUUGUGUUUGGUUUUAACUUUUUUCAACACUGGACUUUUUCCCUUUUUCUAUCUUUGAAGUGCAAGAAGAAGCAGUUUUUUUGUGCCUAUCCUGAAGAAUGAAAUGUAAAGACAGUAAAAACACACUAACCCGU